AUGGAAAAAUGCCUUUUUGCAUUAAGUUAUUAUUCAACGCAAGAAUUUAAAAGCAUUAAGCAAUAUAUACAAAAUAAAACAAGAUACUUAAAUAAUGAAAAUAAAAACAAAUUUAGGAGUGUGUGCCUAGAAUUGGCUGAUUAUCUAAUAAGGAAUAAAACUGCACCACUUUACAGAGAUAAAAAUAAGUGGGAAGGUACACUAAAGGAGUAUAUAAAACCUUACUAUAAACAUCUAACUAAAUAUGGAGGAUGCCCUGUGAUUUUAUAUGAAAAAGAUAAAGCUAUUUUAGAUUUACAAUAUGAAGUGCAUGAUUUCUGUGAAAAAAAAAAUGUUGAUCUGAAAGAAAUAUCUCGCUUAAAAAAACUAUAUUCAAAUAAAUGUGUUUCUACAUGUGCAAGGAAAUGUAACGAAUAUAAUGUGUGGAUUAAUGAGAGGCAAAAAUUUUUUAAGACAAAAGAAAGCUUAAUUAAAGAUUGUUACCAAGAAACACAAACAAAAAGAGGAAGUAAAAAAUCAUCAUGUAACAUACUGAAUCCUGAAACGUUUAAUACACUUGAUUAUUGUGUAACUGUUCGUUCAAAUCUAGAAGGCCAAUCUGCAUAUGAAGAAGGAAAUUCACAAAAAGUACAUCCAAAUGGAAAUAUAGAACAAACUGAAUCUCAAGCUUCAACGCAAAAAGGCGCUGAAGUUAAACACGAACAAACACAACCUGAAACAGGAGUGCAACUCGAACAGGAAACUCAUCAAGAAGGAAUAUCAUCACCACCUGAUACUCCAACGACUAACGAUACCAGUAUGAGACCUGAAGAUGCACCACCAAAAGCAUCAAUGCUUCCUCAAGUUGAAGAAAAAUUACCAUUAGGUGACACUACAUCAGAAUCUAAAACUGAUAAAGACUUAAAAGUAAAACAAGUUACUAAUUAUCCUUCUGUAUCUUCUGAAAGAUUACCUAAUGUAGUAAAUUCUUCUGUUAUACAUCAACCCCCUAAUAUUUCAGGACUAUUUAAAAAAAGGAAAAAAAUAAAAAGAAGACAAGUGAAAUUCCUCAGAAUACCACUACCUUCAUAUUCUAACAUUAAAAAGAAGUUUCUAACAUAUGAUCAUUUAGAACACCCAAUAUAUGAUAAUGAAGAAAUUAUGAAAAAAAUAAAAAUACGUGAUAAUAGCACGAAAAAAAAUGUAAAUUCAUCGAAACUAACAAAGAACAGGCAUAAAACUAUCAUAGAAGUACAUAUGGAAGUACUUGAAGAAUUUAGAAAUAAAGAAUGGGAAUUCAGCAAAGGAGAAUUUUUAGAAAUAUGUCUAGAAGUAUUUAACAAAGAUGAUGAUAAAACAUAUACUAAUUUAGAAAAUGCUGAAUCAUUAUUGGAAAAUACUAAAUGUAGCAGUGAUAUUGAAAGAAAAAAAAUUCUGUGGAAUAAAUGGAUAGAAAGACAUAGAAAUAUUUCUGAAAAUUUGAAAAAAGAAGUUUGGUUUAACAAUCUCAAAAAUGAAUGGAAAAAAGAACACAACUAUAUAAAAGAAAGCAAAAAAUCAAAAAAAAAUCCUUCAAAUAAAAUUCAAAAGGUUCCAUUUCUGGAAAGAGAAAAAGAUAUAUGGAGACAGUGGAUAAUAAAAAACAAAGUAAUUAUAGAACAAUGCUUGGAACAUAACUCAUUUAACGAAUUUACAGAACUAAAAAAUAUUUCAGAAGUAUACGAAAAUGAACAAAAUAUAAUUAAUUUAACACUAAUAAAUAUAAAGGAAUUACAACAAAGAGAGAGUUUUGAAGAAUUAUAUAGAUGUAUAAAAGAAAACAUAGUAGAAAAACUUUGUAUACUUGUAUAUAUGACGAUAUUAGAAGAAUGUAAUAAUGAAGAGAAUAUAGAAAAUAGGAAAUUAUAUUUGGAUAGUUCCAUAAAUGAUUGGAAAACGGAAGAAUAUUUAGAUAGGAAACAUGAAAUUACAGAAAAUAUGACUGACAUUAAUAGAGAUGUUUUACACAAUAAAAAAAAUAAUGAAAUUCAUAAUUGUGCAAGAGAUUAUUGCUUAAGAAAAGACAUAGAUGAAUGGAUAAUGGAAGAUAAUACAAUCGUAAAUUCCAUAUCCAAAGAAAAUAAUGAACUAAAAUCUGAUCAAAUAGUAGAAUAA